CAUAACAUCAUUUUGAUCGGUUCAAAAAAGUGGGAAAGAUGGAGAUCGCAAACACAAAAUGGGUGGCUGCGACGGCGAGCAUGUGGAUAGAGAGCUUCAUUGGAGCAAGCUAUACAUUUGGAAUCUACUCUUCUCUUCUCAAGUCAUCCCAAUCUUAUGACCAAUCUACACUUAACACCGUCUCCGUCUACAAAGACAUCGGGGCAAACGCAGGCAUCCUCUCCGGCCUUUUUUACACGGCGGUUGCAAACGGCAGAAGCGGUAACGGUCGCUUCUUUAGUGGACCAUGGUUGGUUAUAUUUGUUGGGCUGCUCCAAUGGCUCGUGGGGUAUGGUUUCAUAUGGAUGGCUGCAUCCGGAGUGAUCGAACCGCCUCCGGUGGCUGUGAUGUGUUUGUUCAUGUUCUUCGCCGGUCAUUGUCAGCCUUUCUUUAAUACGGCGAUUGUUGUCACCGCCAUCCGUAACUUCUCCGACUAUGGAGGGACCGCCGUUGGUAUUAUGAAGGGUUAUCUUGGGCUAAGUGGAGCAAUUCUUGUUCAAAUGUACCACAUUUUCUGUGAAGGUGACCCAGCGAAUUACCUUCUUCUCUUGGCCGUAGUACCAUCAAUUUUCAUCUUGACAAUGAUGCCCUUCGUAAGGGCGUACGACACAGUCAUCCCUGGCCACAAGAAAUACUUGAACGGUCUCUCCUCCAUCUCCUUGAUCGUUGUCACCUAUCUUAUGGUCGUCAUAUUGGUUGAAAAUGUUAUCGGAAUGCCAAGGUCCAUGAAGAUAUGUUCUUUCACUCUUUUAGUUCUCUUGCUCGCCUCUCCUCUCUUGGUCGCAGUUAGAGCACAUAAUGAAGAGAAAGAGAGACUCCUGUCUUUGGAUUUUCCGGUUACCGAGAGAUCUACCUUGCUUGACACUCCUAAGCCCAAUGAUGUUGAUGUUGUCACGACCAAUGACAUGAACGUCCUGGAAGCAAUAUGUACAAUCAACUUCUGGCUUCUAUUCCUGGCGAUGAUAUGUGGAAUGGGAUCAGGGCUCGCCACGAUAAACAACAUCAGACAGGUGGGCGAGUCACUUCGCUACUCUACGGUUCAGCUCAAUUCUUUGGUGUCUCUUUGGAGCAUAUGGAGCUUCCUAGGCCGGUUUGGGGCAGGUUACAUCUCAGACGCUUAUUUACAUAGUCAUGGCUGGCCAAGACCGGCUUUCAUAACCAUAAGUCUAGUCAUAAUGGCUUUAGGUCACAUUGUCAUGGCCUCUGGUUUACUAGGAAGCCUAUAUAUCGGUUCCUUGUUGGUUGGGUUAGCGUACGGCUCACAAUGGGCACUCAUGCCGACUAUAACGUCUGAAAUAUUUGGGAUUCUUCAUAUGGGAACUAUAUUCUAUACAAUUGGGAUAGCUAGUCCCGUAGGUUCUUAUAUUUUCUCAGUGAAGGUAAUAGGCUACUUUUUCGACAAGGUAGCUUCUGAGGAUCAUUCUUGUUAUGGGAGUCAUUGUUUUAGGACUUCAUUUGUGAUAAUGGCGGUCAUGUCAGUGCUUGGAUCUCUUAUUUCUUUUGUGUUGUUCCUCCGCACAAAGAAGUUUUAUGCAACGCUUGUGGCCAAGAGGAUCUUGAAGUGAUUAAUUCUUGAAGCUAGGGUCUGGAA